AUGCUCCUCAGCAGAAAGUGUUCUCAGUUCCAAGCUUCCCGCUUUCUUACCUUUGAAACCUCCCAUAACCCACACCAUCAGCUUCUGCAUAUAACUCAGAAGCUCUUACUCUACUUGCAACAAUGCGUUUCCGCCAAACAAAUCCAACAAAUCCAUACCCAAUUCCUCAUUCGUUCCAUUUACAAACCCAACUUUCUUCUCCGCAAAAUCAUUCACCUCCAAGACUUCAACUAUGCCACUCUUUACUUCUCCCACAUCCCGUCCCCCAACGAGUAUGGGUUCAACAUUAUGAUCAGAGUCGCUACUACGUGGCAAAGGUUCGAUUUCGCCUUAGAAUCUUAUUGCAAGAUGAAGUCUUUAGGCCUAAAACCUGAUAACUUUACUUACCCGUUUGUGUUCAUAUCUUGCGGGAGCCUUCCGGCUGCUCAACUUGGCAAGUCAACUCACUGUGAGGUGGUGAAAACUGGGUUGUGCCUGGAUUUUCACGUUAGGCAUUCGUUGAUCACGAUGUACUCAAGGUUCGGUAAGUUGGGAUGCGCGCGGAAGGUAUUUGAUGAAAUGGCUGAGAGAGAUUUGGUGUCAUGGAAUUCGAUGAUCUCAGGGUAUUCUCAGAUGGGUUAUGCUAGGGAGGCGGUGGAAUUGUUUGGGGAGAUGAGGAAUCAGGGGGUUGAACCCAAUGAGAUGACACUUGUGAGUGUUCUUGGAGCUUGUGGGCUUGGGGACUUGAAUUUGGGGAGGUGUGUCGAGAGCUAUGUUCUAGAGAAAAAUUUUGAACUAAAUUCCUUCAUAGGCUCUGCUUUGAUUAAUAUGUAUGGGAAAUGUGGUGAUUUGGCUUCAGCCAAGAGGAUCUUUGAUGGCCUGAGGAAGAAAGAUGUGAUCAUAUGGAAUGCAAUGAUUUCAGGAUUUGCACAAAAUGGAUUUUCUGAUGAAACAAUUUCAUUAUUCAACACCAUGAAGGAAGCAGGAGUUAAUCCUAAUAAAAUCACAUUGGUUGUAGUGCUCUCUGCAUGCGCCUCUAUUGGAGCCCUAGAUAUUGGGAAAUGGAUUGAUGAAUAUGCAUCAACAAGAGGUUUGAAGCAUGACAUCUAUGUUGGUACAGCAUUAAUUGACAUGUAUGCAAAAUGUGGAAGCCUGGAUUCUGCAUACCAAAUUUUUGAAAACAUGUCCAUGAAGAAUAGAGUCUCAUGGAAUGCAAUGAUCUCAGCUCUUGCUUUUCAUGGGAGAGCCUUUGAGGCUCUGUCUCUAUUUGACCACAUGUCAGCUGAGGGUGAUGUUAACCUCCCAGAUGAUAUCACAUUUGUUGGAGUACUUUCUGCAUGUGUGCAUGCAGGAUUGGUUGAUGAAGGUUACCGAAUCUUUAGUUUGAUGAAAUCUCAUGGACUAGUUCCAAAAAUUGAGCAUUAUUCUUGCAUGGUUGAUCUUUUGUCUCGUGCUGGUGUAGAGGAAGCAUGGGACUUAAUUGAGAAGAUGCCUGAGAAACCUGAUGAGGUUUUAUUAGGUGCAGUGCUGGGUGCCUGCCGCAAGGUAAAAAAUGUUGAAAUUGCUGAACGUGUCAUGGAGCUUAUUCUACAGAUGGAACCAUCAAAUUCUGGUAAUUAUAUAAUUUCUUCAAAGAUAUAUGCACAUGCGAAGAGAUGGGAUGAAUCAGCAAAGAUGCUCAGAUUGAUGAAAGAGAAAGGGGUGACUAAAACACCUGGUUGUAGCUGGAUUGAGAUGGAUUCUCAAGUUUUUGAGUUUCAUGCUGGUGAUUCAGUAAAUCAAAACACAACAGAAAUUUAUGAAGUUCUUCAGUUGCUAUAUGAGGAGUUAAAGAUAGAAGCUGACUCAUUAACUGCUGAUUUUGCAUAGAAAGGUGUGAUUUAAGAGAUUUUCUCUUAAAUUUUUUGACAUUAUAGUGUUAUGCAUGCCUAAAAUCAUUAUGUAGUAGGUGUUAACCUCUGAUUCUUGUUAUGAAAUAAUAUCAUGAGCAUAAGGUUCAGUAGUGACCUUGUCUAAGCCUCUUCCACUUA